CUUGACUUGUUCCCCCUUCUGUGACCUGGAGGAGCCAAGUACUGACCAACGUCUUGCAUACCAACCUGCGGUACCGUGGCUGGCUGUCAGACUGAGUUGCCAACGAGCUCACCGGCAGUUUUAGGAAUCCAGUUCAUAUAAUAGAUACACCCACUUGCGUAGUGCUGCACAGGUCUAGCACUUUACACCGCAGCCACCUUGUCUCCCGAAUUCCCAACGUUCGCUUUAGCACUUGUAGCAUUGGCCUGUUCACCAUUACCUAUCCUUUGCCAUCGUUAUGGACGCCCUCAAGUCACUCGUACAACCCCUCGUCGGAGGCGCGGGAGGUUCCUCGGUCAUUGACGGUAUGAAGCUCGUUGUCCUCGGUGGCACCGUCGAAACUGCAAGGAGGGUAUCUAGCUCUGCGUGGUCGCACUUCGUGAACUCAUUUUUCCUUACUGCACACUUCUCAGAGGAGGAUUAUCCAUAUGAUUGGUUGAUGUUGUGGUUGUCCCGCCGUCCGGAGUGGCAACGCUCCAGGGAAUUCGAGACUACCACUCGAACUUCCACACCAGGAUUUUCGGGUUCACGGGCUUCGGAUAACUCAUUUGGCGAUGAAGACGAUGAGGAUGACGACAACUCUCCACCCGGCAGGGUGAAGACACGUGUCGUUUUUCAGCCCACUGCGGAUACAACACACACAAUUUACUACCGCGGUCAUUGGCUCAGAGUGCGUCGCAGCAAGAAAGCGGAUGGUAGCGGUUGCGAGGUCUUGUCGAUAAGUGUGGUGGCCCGGAAUAACAACAUUCUGAAGCAGCUCGUUCUGCAGGCCAAAAAGGAAUAUGAAGCCGAGGCCGUGCACCGUGUGCAAAUAUACUUUGCAGAUUCUCAUGGCAGCUGGCGAUGGACCGAUUCUCGCCACAAGCGCCCCAUGUCUUCUAUUGUUUUGAACCCGGGCGUGAAGGAGAUGCUUCUCAGUGAUGCACGUGACUUUCUCAAAUCUGAGAAGUGGUAUGCCGACCGCGGCAUUCCAUUCCGCCGUGGAUACCUUCUCCACGGUGUACCAGGAUCUGGCAAGAGUUCGUUAAUUCACGCUAUCGCUGGCGAGCUGAUGCUGGACAUUUACGUUGUCUCGUUGUCUUCUUCCUGGAUAAGCGACAGUACGCUAACCACACUCAUGGGUCGAGUCCCGGCACGUUGCGUUGUUCUUCUCGAAGAUCUAGAUGCUGCGUUCACUCGUAGUGUCACGCGUGACAAGAGUUCAAAUGGUACGCCUGAGUCGUCAUCCAACAACAGCGAUGAAGAACAACAGCCGACGGUCCCCACAAGCACCAGCCGUCGUGGGCGUCAUAAGGACAACCUGUCAGACGUGAAUACCCUCAGCUUGAGCGGCCUCUUGAACGCCUUGGAUGGUGUUGCCGCAGCAGAGGGUCGCAUUCUCUUCGCUACUACAAAUCAUCUGGAACGACUCGACCCUGCACUCUCACGACCUGGCCGCAUGGACGUGUGGAUAGAAUUCAAGAAUGCAUCCAAGUGGCAGGCGGAGGCCCUCUUCCGUAACUUCUUCCCUUCUGCCGAGAAGGAUGAUGAAGUAAUCGAAGGAGAUCUGGAAGGCAUUGAGAUCUCGACUACUUCGACUCCUUCCUCCAACUCGUCGACCUUAUGGUCAAGAUCUCCUUCUUUCUCCUCUUCCUCCGUAUCACUAGCUUCAUCGCCGAAGGCCCAGCCACACGAAUAUAUUCCGAUCCGAGAGGUUAUUGACAAAAUGGAUCAGGAGUACCAGCCCCCUCCGGUCGAGGAACAUAUUGCCGCUUGCCAUCACGCUGCUAAACCUUUGACUGCUGCCAAACUCGCGCAACUUGCAAAGCAAUUUGCUGAUGCUAUUCCUGGAGAAGAAUUUAGCGUUGCUGCGCUUCAGGGCUACCUCCUCAGGAACAAAUCGCAACCCGAAGCUGCUGCGACGGGGGCCGCUGCAUGGGUUAUCAGCGAAAGGGAACUUCGAGAACGCCUCAGCAAGGAGAAGGAAGCCCGCGAGUUGAAGGAAAAGCUUGACCGUGAGAAGCGACGCAAGGAACUCCGUGAGAAGGAAAAUGAGAAGGCAGAACUCGAGAAAAAAGAGCUCGAGCUCGCCAAGCUCAAACAGCAACUUCAGGAACACGAGUCGAAGACCAAAGCAGCCGAGCCCGAGAUCAAGGAGGAGAUUAUCUCUGCUGAUGCACUCAAGGAAGAUGACAAGAGCGAAAACUCCAGUGAAGAAGACAGCGACGAGGAGAAUGUUCCUCCGGUAUCUACCCCUCUUGAAGAUAUCUGGAUUUGACUCCCUGCGACACCGGAGAACCUUGGGUCGGACACACAGCAAGAUACUGAUAUUGAAGAUGCUCCUUUACCCACCAAGUCAGAUACUUUACACUCGACAACUUCGCCCUUUAGGGCAGAUCGUCAAGCUCAGGUAGCAACAUCUCACGCUCUCA